UUUGAGUGUGGACUGCUUCACAACAACCCAAGGUGUAGCGGAUGAUUUGAACUUGGUUGUGGCAUUUGAAACUGAUUACUACAAGCUGUGAGGGCGUUUGUCAAGCACAGCAUUUAUUAAAAGUGUAGCCAGUUAUGGUAUGGAGACGACUCCGAGCCAGGUGAAUGAGUUCUACAGGAGGAAGAGGCAGAAAGAAAAAGGGAAUAGCCGAAACGGGGCCCUCGCCCGACGGCGACACCUGCAUGCAGGUGCCGCCUCAUAAGCGGAAUCUGAACUACUUUUCAGUGCCAGUGCUGGCGUUUUUUACUUUUAUAAGAAUCUUGACUUUAAAUUUCGGUGGACUCUUCGUCCGGCUUUUCAAACGGAUACCCCGUGCUAUGGCGACAAGACCGAAACGGCUCGAGGAUCAGAGUUGCAAGGAGCACGAUGACAUCGGCGAGCAAAUUCGAAAUCAGCAUAAACAAGCUUUCGAGUACAUCUCAGUAGCGCUCAAAAUCGACGAAGAUGAUAAAGGGCAUAAGGAGCAGGCUGUCCAGUGGUACAAGAAGGGCAUCACUGAACUCGAGAAGGGGAUCGCCAUCGAGGUGACAGGAAAUGGGGAAAAGGUGGAGAAAGCGCGUCGUCUCCAGGCCAAAAUGAACAGCAACCUCCUCAUGGCCAAGGAGCGCCUGGAGCUUUUGGCCACGCUGCGCUCAGGGCCCUCUCAGGGAGACCUGUACACUGACAAUCUGAACCAGCCCUACCCCAACGGCCAUAUACACUCAGUCACGGGGGCCGUCCCCAAGAAGAGGGAGCCGGUGUCCCAGCCCAGCAGCCACGUGCAGCCCCAGCCCCGGCCCAAAGCCCAGCCCAAGAGCCAGCCCAGCGGUGGGGGCUUCUCUGGAGCCCAGCGGGCCCACAACACCAGCGGCUCCAACGCACGACCAGCCUCCCACACUGCCAGCAACCAUCGGGGGGCCGCGGGGAAAUCAGGUAACCGUGGAAACGGGAAGCAGGCCACGCCCACGUCGACACCAGCGAGGAAGCGAGAUAUGAAAAACUUCAAGAACGUGGACAGCAAGCUGGCCAACCUCAUCAUCAACGAGAUCGUGGACAGUGGCUCCUCUGUGAAGUUUGACGACGUCGCCGGACAGGAGCUGGCCAAGCAGGCCCUGCAGGAGAUAGUCAUCCUCCCCGCGCUACGGCCAGAGUUGUUUACCGGUCUCAGGGCGCCAGCUAGAGGCCUUCUCCUCUUUGGACCUCCUGGCAACGGCAAGACCAUGCUGGCCAAAGCAGUUGCUAUGGAAUCAAACGCCACCUUUUUCAACAUCAGCGCUGCCAGUCUUACCUCAAAAUACGUAGGGGAAGGGGAGAAGUUGGUGAGAGCCCUGUUUGCUGUGUCUAGGGAGUUACAGCCGUCGAUUAUCUUCAUUGAUGAGAUUGACAGCCUGCUGUGUGAGAGGAGAGAGGGGGAGCACGACGCCAGCAGGCGCCUCAAGACCGAGUUCCUCAUUGAGUUUGAUGGGGUGCAGUCGGCUGGGGAUGAUCGGGUGUUGGUGAUGGGGGCGACUAAUCGGCCACAGGAGCUGGAUGAGGCUGUUCUCAGGCGAUUUGCAAAGCGCAUCUAUGUGGCGUUACCAACUGAAGAGACACGUCUGAAACUGCUCAAGAACCUCCUGGGGAAACAUGGCAACCCUCUCAACCACAAGGAGCUGUCCCAGCUCGCCAGAUUGACAGACGGCUACUCAGGGAGUGACCUGACGUCACUAGCUAAAGACGCUGCUCUUGGGCCCAUUCGAGAGCUACGACCUGAACAAGUCAGAAACAUGUCUGCAAAUGAGAUGCGUAACAUCCGCUUCAGUGACUUCCUGGAGUCCCUGAAGAAGAUCAAGCGCAGCGUGAGCCCCCACACCCUGGAGCAGUAUGUGCGCUGGAACCAGGAGUACGGGGACACCACUGCCGUCUGACCCCUUCACCUUUGACCUCUUGACCCUGACAUCUCACCCCGCCCUUCCUGCUGCUGCUGAUGAUGAUGCUCACCCUUACCGCUAGGGGGCAGUGUGAGGGAGAUGUAGAGACUAAAGCUGGACUUGGGGGAGAGAAAGCGUCCUUUGUUUUUGUUUUUUAAAAAAAAGAAAUGAAUAAAAAAACAAACGGGUUUAUGGAAGAGAAGGAAGAAGAAAAGGAGGAGGAAGGAUGGAAAGAUGGAGGGAGGUGCGUUUAAUAACAGCUAUUUCCAAAAUAGGCUUCAGUUAACACACACACACACACAGAUGCAGCAGUUUUGUUUUUUGUCUUUUUUAUUGUGUAUAUAAUUUCUCUCUCAGUAACGUUUACCGGUAAAGUUAACGUACCCCUCUAAAUCACACACUCCUCAGAAAUGCUUCCUGCAGACAGACGAGCAAGAGAGUGCAAAGGGAUUGUUUUCUUUCCCACUCCAGCAAAAAAAAAAAAAACAACAACAUGGUCACCUUGACCAGUGUCGCCCAGUUGAACUACAAUAUUCUACUACAACAUCCAGUGACACAGAGAUGCCUGACUAACAAAUGACAGUGUGCAGAAAAGACUUAAACUGUUUUAUACUUCUGACAUCCAAGCAAGGGUCCUUAAAUGCUAGAGUACAGGAGCAUCCUAGCAAGGGUCCUUAAAUGCUAGAGUACAGGAGCAUCCUAGCAAGGGUCCUUAAAUGCUAGAGUACAGGAGCAUCCUAGCAAGGGUCCUUUAAUGCUAGAGUACAGGAGCAUCCUAGCAAGGGUCCUUUAAUGCUAGAGUACAGGAGCAUCCUAGCAAGGGUCCUUAAAUGCUAGAGUACAGGAGCAUCCUAGCAAGGGUCCUUAAAUGCUAGAGUACAGGAGCAUCCUAGCAAGGGUCCUUAAAUGCUAGAGUACAGGAGCAUCCUAGCAAGGGUCCUUAAAUGCUAGAGUACAGGAGCAUCCUAGCAAGGGUCCUUUAAUGCUAGAGUACAGGAGCAUCCUAGCAAGGGUCCUUUAAUGCUAGAGUACAGGAGCAUCCUAGCAAGGGUCCUUUAAUGCUAGAGUACAGGAGCAUCCUAGCAAGGGUCCUUUAAUGCUAGAGUACAGGAGCAUCCUAGCAAGGGUCCUUUAAUGCUGGAGUACAGGAGCAUCCUAGCAAGGGUCCUUAAAUGCUAGAGUACAGGAGCAUCCUAGCAAGGGUCCUUUAAUGCUAGAGUACAGGAGCAUCCUAGCAAGGGUCCUUAAAUGCUAGAGUACAGGAGCAUCCUAGCAAGGGUCCUUAAAUGCUAGAGUACAGGAGCAUCCUAGCAAGGGUCCUUAAAUGCUAGAGUACAGGAGCAUCCUAGCAAGGGUCCUUAAAUGCUAGAGUACAGGAGCAUCCUAGCAAGGGUCCUUAAAUGCUAGAGUACAGGAGCAUCCUAGCAAGGGUCCUUAAAUGCUAGAGUACAGGAGCAUCCUAGCAAGGGUCCUUAAAUGCUAGAGUACAGGAGCAUCCUAGCAAGGGUCCUUUAAUGCUAGAGUACAGGAGCAUCCUAGCAAGGGUCCUUUAAUGCUAGAGUACAGGAGCAUCCUAGCAAGGGUCCUUAAAUGCUAGAGUACAGGAGCAUCCUAGCAAGGGUCCUUAAAUGCUAGAGUACAGGAGCAUCCUAGCAAGGGUCCUUGGACUGUGGCGCUGGUCCAGGAGGUUCCCACCCCGGUAGGUGUGACCCUAGCCUCUGUGCCUUAGUGCCUGGGUGGAAAUAGACAUGCACAUCUCCAUCUGGAGUCCAACAUGACAACUCAUACUAAAUAACAGUAAAUGUGGGUAAACGCCGCUGUGAUUGGGGUCUCCGUGUGUUUUAGCUGUGUUCACACGUUUCAGAAGUGCACAUUCGUAAUGGUGCAUUUGGUGUAAAGCUAUGAAGUGGUUUGAGAAAAAUCUCUUUGUACCUGACACUUGGUACUUGCACUUUCCAAGUGCAGACAGCACGUCUGUCUCUGGACUUGAGCCGGAAAAUCCAUGGGAAUAACGCACUAUUACCAAGGAGACAUACUGGAAUAUUGUGCCAAUGGAGGAAAACGUUUAUCACUAUACUUGGCCUCCCUCUCACAUUCCCAGCUCAAGUCCAAGUUUUGAGUGAAAUUGUUGUUAAGCACUUCUUGUAUAAUAUGAUUAUAGUAUAUAGUGUAUCUGUUUGCAGAGUGCAGUUUGCUGUGAGUGAAGAUAGAUCAAGUAAAAAAAAAAAAAUACCAAAAGACUAGUAUGCUGCUCUGUUGGCAUCUUUGCUGUGAUUUGGUGGGUUAGGAGCCACAGAGCUUUUGAAAAGAUGUAGCAUGUUUGAAGUGGAAGUGUGACGUUUUCACCCCAAAUGCUUUUUAUGAUUUGCUUCUCUAUUGUUUGCCUAGAUUAAUCCUGUUGGAGUAUGUGUGUACAGUGUACAGUACUGACAGUGCAUGCAGUGCAACGGACAGCACCAUAGAGGUUACUGGCGCCGUUUACAGUAGAUAUUUACUAGCUGCAAACAUCUCAUCCAGUGAGUAGUGAAUGGGAAGUGUUUGUGUGUGUGUGUGU